AUGGGUGGCAACUCGCCUUGCGCCUCUUGCAAGCUCCUUCGGAGGCGAUGCACAAAGGAUUGCAUCUUUGCCCCUUUCUUCCCUUCGGAAGACCCGCACAAGUUCGCAAUCGUCCACAAGGUCUUCGGUGCAAGCAAUGUUAGCAAGAUGUUGCAGGAACUUCCAGUGCACCAGAGAGCAGAUGCAGUGAACAGCUUAGUCUACGAGGCGAAUGCAAGGAUGAGGGACCCGGUAUACGGGUGCGUGGGGGCGAUCUCGUACCUACAAAACCAAGUCUCUCAGCUGCAGAUGCAGCUCGCGGUGGCGCAAGCGGAGAUCCUUUGUAUUCAAAUGCAGCAGGAGCCACCCUUGAUGGCUGAUCAUCAGCAGCAGAUAGACAGCGAUGAUAAGUCGAAUUAUCUUAUGCACAAUAGCAAUAUGAUUAGUGGCAUGCCCUCUUUGAUGAACUUUGCCUCUCCUAGCAACAAUGUAGCUACUCAGGAGCCUCUUAAGAGAGAGUCUCUUUGGACAUAG